AUGAAGUCUGCAAGCAGAUUGUUCUUCCUAUCAGUCUUUGCGCUUUGGGGUUCUCCAGUUCAAUGCGAACGCGCCCAAGAUGAUUGUGCGAUCUCCCCCAAGUCAAUUGUUUCUGACGCAUGCGCCUCUUAUUCUACCCUCGACGAACUGAACACCAAGGUCAAGCCCCUCGUCGACGACCUGACAAGCUCGACCGACUUCUUCUCUCACUACCGAUUGAACCUCUUCCACAAGAAAUGCCCCUUCUGGAACGACGAGAAUGGCAUGUGUGGCAACAUUGCCUGUGCCGUGGAGACGCUUGACAACGAGGAGGACAUUCCUGAGGUGUGGAGGGCGAGCGAGCUUGGAAAGCUGGAAGGACCUCUAGCGAAACACCCUCCGAGAAAGGUGCAACACGAGCGCCCCGAACGACCCCUACAAGGAAAGCUGGGCGAGGAUGUCGGCGAAAGCUGUGUGGUUGAAUACGACGACGAGUGUGACGAGCGCGACUACUGCGUGCCGGAGGAUGAAAGCGCAACUUCUAAGGGGGAUUAUGUGAGCCUCCUCCGGAACCCUGAGCGCUUCACUGGGUACGCGGGAGUCGGCGCUGCCCAGGUCUGGGACGCCAUCUACCGAGAGAAUUGCUUCCAGAAGAGCUCGUUCCCUCACUCGGCCUCUCUGGGUCAGUCACAAUCUAGCCCCAAGGGCCCUGCGGUGCAAGACUUCAGGCAGGUUCUCGAGGCCGCUGGGCGACAGCAAAAUCUGGAGCAGAUGCGCGAGAAGCAGCCCAACGCACCCUUCGCAGCCCAGACUGGUCUGGAAUCGGAGGACGAGUGUAUCGAGAAGCGCGUCUUCUACCGCGUGGUCUCGGGCAUGCACGCUAGCAUCAGCACCCAUCUCUGCUGGGACUUCUUGAACCAGACUACCGGACAGUGGCAGCCCAAUCUGGCCUGCUACAAACAACGACUCCACACCCACCCCGAGCGCAUCAGCAACUUGUACUUCAACUACGCCCUCGUCACCCGCGCGAUUGCCAAGCUUGGCCCCUACCUCCAGGGCCGAGACUACACUUUCUGCUCGGGAGACCUGGACCAGGACGCCGCCACCCGAGCCAAGGUCCUCGAAGUCACCGAAUCCGCGGCUAGUGUUCCGCAGAUUUUCGACGAGAGCCUGAUGUUCAAGAACGGCGAGGGCCCCUCCCUCAAGGAGGACUUCCGCAACCGCUUCCGCAACGUCAGCAGAGUUAUGGAUUGUGUCGGUUGCGACAAGUGCCGUCUAUGGGGUAAGCUGCAAACUGCCGGCUACGGUACCGCCUUGAAGGUCCUCUUCGAGUUCGACAACAACAGUGGAGAUAUCCCCGUGCUAAAGCGCACCGAGCUCGUCGCUCUCUUCAACACCUAUGCCCGUAUCAGCAGCUCCCUCGCCGCUAUUGGCAAGUUCCGGGCCAUGGUCGACGCUGAGGAGGCACUCGCCUCCGCCGCCGCUGCCGCUGCUCCCGAGCCUACCAACGUGAUUCCCGACCGGGCAAAGAAGCCACACCACGUGGUCACGUCGCAAGAUGCGGAAGUCGAGAUGGAAGACGACGACUACCCUGAGGAAAAGCCCCGACAGAAGACGACCGGAGAGCUUUUCCAGGAAGCCUUCGACGAGGAGUUUGGUCGCUUCCUCAAGGCCACCAAGUUUGUCAUCAGGCGCUGGCUCGGAUUCCCCAAGACAUUCUUCAACAUCUUCAUUGUCGAGCUGGCUCGCUUGUACCAGGGCUUCGUCGGUCUCCCGGUCAUCGAGAGGACCUGGAACUUUGAACGGCCCAACCUGGAUGAGUUGUAG